AUGGCUCGUAAUGAGGAAAAAGCGCAGUCUAUGCUCUAUCGUUUCCGCGAGGCCCAGGCCGCCGAGCUUGGGCUGGGAACGCGAAGCGACCGUCGACCACGCAUGGCCAGUGCAUGCAAGAGCCUGCGCGAGUGCGAGCGGUGGAGGGGUGAGAUCUUGCGAGAGAUAAGCCGAAAGGUGUCGAAAAUACAAGACGCUGGCCUUACGGACUAUGAGGUGCGCGACCUUAAUGACGAGAUCAACCGCCUCCUGCGCGAAAAGCGCCACUGGGAAAACCAGAUCGUUGCACUCGGCGGCGCGAACUACCGCCGAAACGUCGCGAUGUUGGACGACGACGGGAAAGAGGUGCCAGGAACGAAGGGGUACAAGUACUUCGGUCGGGCGAAGGAACUCCCCGGUGUAAAAGAGCUUUUCGUGAGCAAGAAGACAGAAGAGGACGAGGAGAACAAGGUCCACAACUACUACAAGAAGUUCACGAACCAGGGGCCCGCAUAUUUCGGCGAUCUGGACGAGGCGGAAGGGGAGCUUCUGAAGUUCGAAAUGCACACUGAGGAAGAAGAGUGGGAAGAUGCCUUCAAUCAUCUUCGUACCGUUCUUGGUCUAUCGCCAGAGGGCCCUGUCCCCCCAAUUCCCCGCCCGGUGAAACAAACCUCCGCCCUCUCCGUCACGGAUGCAAGUCACGCAGGGCUGCCGGACCCGAAGCGCAAAGCCCCCGACGAAGACGGAGAUGUCGAGAUGUCCACAGACGCGCCCUCGUCAGAGAUUGCAAAACGCGCAAAGAAGGAGGGCGCGCCACCAACACUUGCCUCGACAGACGCCCCAUCGGACGACACGAUGCUCGCGCAUGCUCAGCGGACAGCAGCCUACAUCCCUAUCCUUUCACCGGAAGUCCUGAUGCCGCCGACGCUACCGACACGAGAGGAGAUGGAGAAGUUCUUGUUGGAGUUGCGGAAGAAGGCGUUGGUGGAAGAGUACUUCGGGAACGACCCUCAGUGA